AUGCCGUGGCACCUCAGCUUAUCAUCUCCAUCUUUACCCUCACCAUCUGCACAUCCACGUGUUACACUCCUCAUCACCGCAAUCGCCUCCUCUGCCCUCACAUUCGGUGCUUUCCAGAGCUACACCCUCCUUUCUCGGGCUCGACGGGCAGCGCAACUCAAGCAAUCUGUACAGGAAGCACUGCAGGAUGAACCCCUCACUCUGGCAGACGAGAGGCGUCGGAGGCGAUUACAAGAAGAUACGAACGUGUCUUACGACGAGGAGCUUAUCAGGGAGCAGUUAGCGAGGAAUUAUGCUUUCUUGGGUGAGGAGGGCAUGGAGAAGGUCAGGAAAGCUAGAGUCGUGGUCGUAGGUUGUGGAGGUGUGGGAAGCUGGGCUGCGGUGAUGCUGGUGCGAUCAGGUGUCGGACAUAUUCGUCUAAUAGAUUUUGAUCAAAUAACCCUCUCUUCCCUCAACCGGCAUGCGACAGCCACGCUCGCCGACGUCGGGACGCCCAAAGCAGCGUCCAUGACAAAAUUCCUCAAGUCUGUCGCCCCAUGGUGCGAGGUCGAUGCGCGUAUCUCCCUCUGGCGCGAUACGGAGGAGGGUGCGAGGCUAUUAGAAGGCGCGGAUUGGGUCGUCGACGCGAUUGAUAACAUCUCUACCAAGGUGGACCUUCUUGCAUACUGCAGCAAGCACAAUAUCCGUGUGUUCUCCUCCAUGGGCGCAGGGCUAAAACGCGACCCCACACGUAUGCACAUCACCGACAUCUCUCUAACGCAGGAAGACCCCCUCGCACGUUCCGUCCGCAGGCGACUAAAGGCCAAAGGCGUGCUUUCCGGCAUCCCGGUCGUGUAUAGCACCGAGGUGGAAAGUGAUGUCAAGCUCCUCCCGCUCCCGGAGGAGGAGUUUGAGAAAGGCAAGGUGGCCGAGUUGGGACCGUUUGACGACUUCCGGGUACGGAUCUUGCCUGUGUUGGGUCCACUGCCGAGCAUAUUCGGGUUAAACGCAGCAACAUACAUCGUACUAGAUCUAGCUGGCAAGCCGCUCACCAACCCACUAGCGGCGAAGGGUCGGCGAAAGCUGUACGAUAAGAUGGCGCGAGACCUGCGUGCCCGAGAAGCGCGGUUAUACACUAACGGAAUGGAGAGUAGUAAGCUUCCCAUAUCGGAACACGAGAUCGAAUACCUCCUAGAAGACCUCUCCCGCUCGCGCUCCUCCCUACCUCCUCACCCCCUGCUCGCGCGCCCAACGUUGGUAAGGUGGGACCCUUCCCUCCCACUCACCGUGGACAACGUCGCUGUUUUCUCAUCGGAGGAAGCGAAUAGGCAUGAGCGGGAGGUGCUGAAGGGUGGCAAGAGUGGAGAGGAGGUGUGGGGCAAAGAGAUGGAGGAGAUUAUGAGUAGGCGAGGGGAGGAGGCUAGGGAGUGGAGGAGGGGUUGGAUGGAUAGUUGA